GAAGAGGUGGCCGCCGCGGGCCGCACGGGGCGUGGAGACAUGUGCUUUCCGCACCGGUUAUCUAGCAGACGAGCGGCGAUUGAUGCCACAGGGUCCAGUCCCCGCGCUGCCACGGCUAUGCGAGAACGCAGCCCGGACGGCUGGGCAGGACUCGCGCUGCAUGUAGGACUCCUCGGGCACCCCGGGAUGCUGCACAGGGCCAAGUACAGCCGCUUUCGGAACGAGUCCGUCACGUCCUUGGACGAAGGCAGCCCCGGAGGCUCCGUCGGGAACAAGGGCUCCCCGCAGCCUCCCUACCCCGCCCUGGCCCCUCACUUGCCGGCUGAAGAUGCCCCCUCGCCGUCCCAGGAGAGCCCCACCCCACUGUGCACCUUGAUCCCGCGGAUGGCCAGCGUGAAGCUGGCCAACCCAGCCACCUUGCUGAGUCUGAAAAACUUUUGCUUGGGGACCAAAGAGGUGCCCCGGCUGAAGCUCCAGGAAAGCCAGGAGCCGGCUCCCAGCAGCCCGGCUUCACCCGAAAACGGUCUAAAUAGGUCCGGGUCUGCACCUCCGCAGCAGCAGGACGUGGUGGGGCGCAGGGCAAGCGCCCUAACUCCCGAUGCCUGCCCCCUCCCGGGCCCUGGGGACCCGACCCCCGGGAGCAGGCAGGACAGGCACUUCCUGCAGCACCUGUUGGGGAUGGGCAUGAACUACUCUGUGAAGUACAUGGGCUGUAUUGAAGUGCUGCAGUCGAUGAGGUCACUGGAUUUUGGAAUGAGAACUCAAGUUACAAGGGAAGCAAUAAGCCGUCUGUGCGAAGCUGUCCCUGGGGCAAAUGGAGCCACUAAAAAGCGAAAGCCUCCAGUUAAGUUCCUAUCAACAGUUCUUGGCAAAAGUAAUCUUCAGUUUUCGGGAAUGAAUAUAAAACUGACCAUCUCAACAUGCAGCCUUACACUAAAAAUAUCCGAGCUCUUCGGUCAGACGAUUGACAACCAUCAGGGAAAAAAGCUCUUCGAUAAAAGCCAACUGGUCAAACGGGGUCUUCUCGUAAUGCAUCUGAAAACCGCCGUCCCCGCCCGCCUCUCCGGCGCUGGACGUUCUCAGAAAUAUCUUGUUGGCUUCGUCCAGGGCCACGGAGGAUAUCCUCGGUCCCAUUUCUUUUUGCAAGAGAUUAUUGCCAAUCAUCAUAUGCAGUCUAUUUCAUUUGCCUCUGGAGGGGAUCCUGAUACUACCGACUAUGUUGCCUACGUAGCUAAAGAUCCAGUUAAUCAACGAGCCUGCCACAUAUUGGAAUGCCGUAACGGAAUGGCCCAAGAUGUCAUAACUACCAUAGGGCAGGCUUUUGAGCUCCGGUUUAAACAAUAUUUGAAAAAUCCUUCUUUGAGUACUUCCUGUGAAAGUGAGGAGGUCCAUAUUGACGGCCAUGCGGACGAGAGAGAGGAUCAUGAGUAUUACAAUGAAAUACCAGGAAAGCAGCCACCCAUGGGUGGUGUUUCAGACGUGCGGGUCAGAGUUCAAGCCACAGAGCAGAUGGCUUACUGCCCCAUACGGUGUGAAAAGUUGUGCUAUUUGCCUGGGAACUCCGACUGCAGCAGCGUCUAUGAGAACUGUUUGGAGCAAAGCAGGGCAAUCGGUAAUGCCCACGAGAGAGCAGUGCCGUCCCAAAGGGACACCGCGUUAAUGAAGCACACGUGUCGAGUGGAUCUCUUCGACGACCCCUGCUACAUCAACACGCAGGCUCUUCACAGCGCACUGGGCUCUCCCCGGAAUCCAAGCUCCGCCCAGCUGCUGGGGAGCCUGUGGCACCGUGAAAAGGCCCCCGAAACUGUUCAGCCAGGUGCCACGGCCCAGCGUGCCGGCUCCCAGGCUCUGCCGUACAUUCAGCAGCAGCUGCGGAGUGAAGACUGCUACCACGGCAAGCUGAGCAGGAAGGCAGCGGAGAACCUCUUGGUGAAGGACGGGGACUUUCUGGUUCGAGAGAGUGCCACCUCUCCUGGCCAGUAUGUGCUGAGUGGACUCCAGGGAGGCCAGGCAAAGCAUCUUCUUCUGGUGGAUCCCGAAGGCAAGGUGAGGACCAAGGAUCAUGUAUUUGAUAAUGUCGGCCACCUUAUCAGAUACCACAUGGAUAAUAGUUUGCCAAUCAUCUCUUCUGGAAGUGAAGUGAGCCUUAAACAACCAGUGAGAAGAGAUAAUAUUCCAGGACUUUUGCAUUUACACAAAUGAUAAUAUGGAAAUACCAUCACACUGGUGAUUCAAGAAACUCCAUUUUGUGUCAGGACACAAGGAUGAUUCAAACUUGGUUUCUAGAUAAAAUAGAACACAAACUGUGAAGUGCAUCUUUCGAGACCAUCAUGGACUAACGAAAACUGAUCUUCAGAAAGUGGAAGUCAGAAGAGGGGAAGAGGAUUGGUCCAUUUGAAAAGUUAUACAUAUGCACGGAUGUCACUUUUUAAGGCCAUAUUGCAUUGAUCACAAGCUAAAAGCACAAUUAAAAUCUCACAUGCUAAAGACAACUUGAAUGAACUGCUGGGGCAGUGGUAUGUGCCUUUCAACUCGAUCAUUAGGGACAUUUUCAUAUUGGGGAGAUUAGUUCUAAGUGUCUUCGUAUUCUAUAACUAUAAAACCAUUUGCCAAAAAAAAAAAAUCUUUCCUCAUUACAAAAAUAAGGAGCAAUUUGCUUGAUGGAUAUUGACUUGCAUUUUUCUGUUCAUUAGCACUUUCACUGCAAUGUUAAAAUAAAUUUGACAUUGAAUCUGGACUUUUGUCUAUGGCAGUGGAAUCAAAUCAAAAGCCACUGAAAGCAUUGGUCUGUUGCAUUGACUUGCCCAUUUCCUGGUUAAAGGGUUGGGGCCCAAAUUGUGUGGCCUAGUAUUUCUCGAUUUUUGCAAUUUGGACUGUUUGUAUGCAGCAUGUGAUAAGCUGAAGAGGCCAAAUCUAGUAGUCAUUUCUGAUUUCAUCAUAUUUCUCCCUCCAUCCCUCUGCCCACCAAUAAAAGCUCAUGAGUACAUGGAUUUAAAA